GGGAAGUCGUGAACUCUCGAUCGAUCGAACAUUUCUUCCCCAAAAUUUUGCCUUCUGGCGUCUUCUCUUGUUGUUGUCGAGUUUGCUGGCGUGGGAGUUCCUUCGGUCUCUUGAAAGCUCCUGCCUUCGCAGGUUCCUGAGUUGAUCGACUGGGUAUUCUGAUGGUAAUGAAAUGAGGGGAUUGCAAGAGGUGAUCGUGCUAUCGUCGCCUGUCUUGCCGCCGCCGGCGGAGACGGUGGCGGCGAAAAGUGAAGCAACAGCCGGCACAAUGGGGUUCCUGUGGAGGUGGGCUUCCGGAUGCCACGGCUGGUGGCUAGACGCUGGACUCGUCGUCCCUUCGUUCCUUUUCCUUGUAUUCCUUCUCUCGCAGGCGAAGAAGAGCAUUACGAAGCUUGCACAUGGGCGCUCGUACAUAAUGAUCACGUACUACGCUCUGCUCUGGAUCGUUGCAGUCCUUAAUUUCCUGUGGUGCUUGCUCCAGGCAUGGCAAUGUACUGCUGGGAAAGAGUUUGCUUGGAAUCUUUUGUCAUUGUUAACUACUACUGGGAUGUUGUUCCUUGAAGUGAGCUUGCUUGCAUUUUUACUCCAAGGAAACCAGUAUAGUGGCUUGGAAGCUCUCAUGCGUACACUUAUUAUUUCGGGAAUCAUCGUAUGCUUUGAUUUUUUCCUCAAGGCGAUCUACAUCUUUGGUUUUGGAGUCCCUUUAUUUGUGGACAACAAGGAUGAACAAGAUCAGCAUAAGUGGAUACUCUGGGUCUUCCAUCGGCUUUUGCUUACUUCAGUGUAUGCAAUGGUGUUCUUCAUGCACCACACAAAAUGGAGAGACAGGUUACCAGCAAGACCUGCCUUCUAUAACUACACUGGUGUAAUGCUGUUCCUCAAUGCAACUGCACUCUUUGCUUGUGCGCUUAUGGGGAUUGGAGCUGGGUUUGGCUUCUGGCUUUACAGCCUCACUGUUCUCAUAUAUCAUGCCCUUUAUCUUCCUCUCAUCUACCUGACGUUUUUGUCGGACUUUUUCCUGGAAGAAGAUCUCCAUUUGGAGAACGUGUACUACUCAGAGAUGAAAGAUGCUGGUUUCUUCGAUGGUGAUUGGGAAUAGUCACCUGUAAUGUGAAUAAAUGCUUUGAACUUGCUUAAGUGUAAAAUGUAAAUGAAUAUCAUGAAUCUUUAGAUGGGGCCCAGAGAUACAGGAAGCCCCACCUUUCUGAGUGUUGUAAGAAAUGAGCAGGAAGUUAUGCUGUGGAAUCAUAUUUUCACGUUUCAGUAGCCAAAGAACUAGACUCA